CUGUGGGUGGUGCGCGAGCUCAGGUCUCUCGCACCUGGGCCGUCGGUUGGACGGCCUCCCGAGCUUCUCUUUCGUCACCGAGGCAACCGGCGGGCUCGCGCUGCCGCUGUCCCCCCGCCCCCCCCCGACAAUGGCUGUAUCAAAUGAUGAUGAAGCACUUAUUAACAGAAAGCUACCCAAAGAACUUCUUCUAAGAAUAUUUUCCUUCUUGGACAUAAUUACUUUGUGUCGAUGCGCACAAGUUUCUAAGUCCUGGAAUAUUUUGGCCUUGGAUGGGAGUAACUGGCAAAGGAUAGACCUUUUUAACUUUCAGACAGAUGUAGAGGGCCGGGUGUUAGAAAAUAUUUCCAAAAGAUGUGGUGGGUUCCUGAGACAACUAAGUCUGAGAGGCUGUCUUGGGGUUGGAGACUGUUCUUUGAAAACAUUUGCACAGAACUGUAGAAACAUUGAACACCUAAACCUUAAUGGAUGCACAAGAAUUAGUGAUAACACUUGUUAUAGCCUUAGCAAAUUCUGCCCCAGGCUGAAACAUCUGGAUCUGACAUCUUGUAUUUCCAUCACCAACAGUUCUUUGAGGAAUUUAAGUGAAGGCUGCCCAAAUCUGGAAUUCUUAAAUCUUUCCUGGUGUGAUCAGAUUACAAAAGAUGGUGUUGAAGCCCUAGUGAAAGGGUGUAAUGGACUAAAGGCACUGUUUCUAAGAGGAUGCACACAGCUAGUAGAUGAAGCACUUCACCAUAUUGAGAAUCAUUGCCAUGAACUUGUUCUCUUAAACUUACAGUCAUGUAUGCAAAUAUCAGAUGAAGGCAUAGCGGGUAUCUGUAGAGGAUGUCACAGACUCCAGUCACUUUGUGUUUCUGGUUGUACAAACCUUACAGAUGCUUCUCUCAUAGCACUUGGUUUGAACUGUCCAAGACUGAAGAUUUUGGAGGCUGCAAGAUGUUCCCAUCUCACCGAUGCUGGUUUUACACUCCUAGCAAGGAAUUGCCAUGACCUAGAAAAGAUGGACCUAGAAGAAUGUGUUCUGAUAACAGACAAUACAUUGAUACAACUUUCAAUUCACUGUCCUAAACUGGAAGCAUUGAGUUUGUCCCACUGUGAACUAAUCACAGAUGAUGGGAUUCUUCAUCUGAGCAGCAGCACAUGUGGGCAUGAACGACUCCAGGUACUAGAGUUGGACAACUGCCUGCUAAUUACAGAUGUGACUCUUGAACACCUUGAGAAUUGCCACAAUUUAGAGAGAAUUGAGUUAUAUGAUUGUCAACAAGUCACCCGUGCGGGAAUCAAAAGAAUAAGAGCUCAUCUACCAGCUGUAAAAGUUCAUGCUUACUUUGCUCCAGUAACUCCACCUCCUUCUGUAGGAGGUACUCGACAGCGACUGUGCCGAUGCUGCGUUAUCCUUUAACAGGUAACAAGCUGGAAUGAUAACCAGUUCAGUGAAGGAAGAGUGACAGGAUUCCAUUGUCAAAUCAUCAAAACAAUGCCAUUCCAGCCAUCUAAUUUUGCAUUGGUUGUAAUUCCAGUGCAAGUUUACAGGCAAAAUAUUUUAUGCAGAUGUGAAUAAUACUGACAUUGUUUAUUCUAGCUUUUCUGCUAGUGUAAUCCAGACUGGCUGAAGAUUUUUAAGUACCAAAAGCAGAACUUAUGUAUGAUGAUUCAGUUCAAGUAUUAAGCCAUGAUCAGAACUCUUCAGCAGAUGUAGCAAAAAAUGAAUAUUUCAUUACUAGACCAGAGUUAUUUCAUGAAGAAUUGUUGGUUAGCUAGGUCAUAGUUCCAAAUAUUUUAAAUUACUGUCUACAUUUGCAAAUAGCCAAAUAUUGCUACCUGCAGAAUGGGCACAUUUGCCAUACUUGAGAAAUUCAAGAAACUGCCAACAUUGCAGCAGAAUGAUAACAUUAAUGAGGCGUUACUGUAUUGUAUGGGCUGUGGUAAAAUGGCACACAAUAUAGCUGUUACAUGGGCUUUAUUGACAAUGUUUAAGUAACAGUGCAAAUGAUCUUUGUCCCAUGGGGUAUCCCACUUCUGGAUCUACUGUGUAUAUAUAUAAAUUUAAAGUCUUAUUUGAAUGACUCCAACUGGCAGUCUUACACAUUCUCAAUGUCAGCCAUGUAUUCAGUGCAAGUGAAUAAAUGCCUUCCUAAAGCUGGAUCCCUCUCAGAAAUUGCUGGCAAGGACAGAGUUGCUCUGAAAAAGUUGACCAAACAUACCAGGUCUUACACUUGGGAGGCCUCUGGAGUAUCCUCUCCUUUGCUGACUUAAAGGCGGUUUCUCUCAGAACUGGUUUGCAUCUUAGUGCUGAAGGCCAGAGCACUUGAUGGUGAGAAGAUUCUUCAGCCCAGGUUACCCACAUUUACCCACUGUAAGAUGUAUCAGCCAAUCCUGACCUGCCAGAUUUAGACUCAAAAUAUGGAAGCCAUUGUGUGCAAUUAGAUAAAUUUUCUUAAGUGAAAGUCAAUAUAGGUCAAUAAAUAUCCAGCAACUUACUGAAUAUUUCAUAUUUUAUAAGAUUGCUGAAGUUGGAAGAAAUGUGCACACCUGUAUUAAAACAAGUAAAACUUUAAAAAACAUACAACUUAUGAGCUGUACUAUAAGCAUUCCAAAUUAUGUCUUUAAUACUAUAAAUUACUCGGAUGCUUUAGCUAAAGGGAGAAGACAUUUGAUUGAAAUUUAAAUCUGUUACGGAGCAAGUUUUGAAAUGGAGACAAAAAUAACUGGUAGGUAAUAAAUGGAGACUCCUAUAACUGGUAAAAUAUUCUACAAUAGCACAUACUUAAGAUUUGCUAUCUGUUUAUGGUAAUCAUAUUAUAAAUGAAAAGAGCUUGUCAAAUCAAAUUGUGUUGAUGUGUGGCUUUCCAAGUCAGAUGUUUAUGAAAGUUAAAAUACUUGCUCCAAGUAAAAUGAUUUGAUAAAGGAUACUAUUUAAACAAAUUUAGACUGGUUUACAUAAUUUCAAAUGCAAAAGAUGUCAAUUUGUUGUCUACAAUUUUAUAUGAGCAGCACACUUGAAGAACAGAAACUUGUUUUAUUUCAAUUACUUAAUUGUAUCCUAUUGUGAGUUUAAUAAAAUAUAGCUGGGAAGGGUUGGCA